AUGGCUAUUGCCUACAAUUAUUAUUUUAUGUUAUACGAAAAAAUUCAAAUAAAAUAUUUUCCUAAUUACUUUUCUUUUGCCCAAAGUGGUAAAAUUAGACAACAUUUUUUUACAGGGCAAUUAACACCUGCAACUUUAAACAAAUUGAAAGAAAACUUUUACCAAGAUGACAAAAAUAUUCUAGCUCUAAAUGCCUGUGCAAGGGUUGAUCCACUUGAGGUUUGUACAUCGAGAAGAUGUUUGGAAUUAACUCAACAUGUUUACCAGUAUAAUUUAGAAGUUGAAGGAAAACCAAUGACUAAUCAAAAAUCAACUGGUUGCUGUUGGAUUUAUGCUGCUUUGAAUGUUAUUAGAGUUCCUUUCAUGAAACAUUUUAAUCUUGAAAAAUUUGAGUUUAGUCAAUCAUACAUAUUUUUUUGGGAUAAAUUAGAAAAAUGUAAUUUUUGGUUGCACAAUAUUUUAAAAACAGCCAAAGCAGGUGAGCCUGUUGAUGGUAGACUUGUAUCUUAUCUUUUACACGAAAUGGUUCCAGAUGGAGGUCAAUGGGAUAUGUUUGAAAAUAUUGUUAAAAAAUAUGGUCUCAUCCCGAAAAAAUGUUUUCCAGAAACAUUUAGUUCAGAGUCGAGUAGUCGAAUGAAUGCAAUAUUAAAUAGUGAAUUACGAAAAUGUGCUAAAGAAAUUAGAACAAUGGUUGAAAAUAAAGCUGAUGAUGCGGCAUUAGAAGCUAAAAUACUAGAUCAAAUGAGUAAAAUUUAUAAAAUAAUAGGAAUUUGCCUUGGCAUUCCUCCUGAAACUUUCACUUGGGAAUAUACUAAUAAGUCAAAAGUAACACAAACAAUCGGUCCAUUGACUCCAUUAGAAUUUUACACAGUUCAUGUCAAACCUUUAUUUAAUUUGGAUGAUAAGGUCUGCUUGGUAAAUGAUCCUCGGUCAUUUAACCCAUUUAAUUCUGCUUUCACAGUUGAGUUUUUAGGAAAUAUGGUUGGAGGAAAAUCUGUAGUCUACAACAAUCAACCAGCUCAUUUGUUAAUGAAAUUGGCUGGAGAAUCUAUUAAAAAUAAUGAGCCUGUUUGGUUUGGUUGCGAAGUAAGCAAAAGAUUUUCCAACAAAGCUGGAAUCGAAGAUCUGUCUAUCCAUGAUUACAAAUUGGUUUUCGGAGUGGAUCAUUCUUUGGAAUUGAAAAAGGAUGAAAGAAUGAUUUAUGGAGACAGUUGUAUGACCCACGCCAUGGUUUUUACUGGUGUUUCUUUUGAUGAGAAUGAUAUGCCAACUAAAUUUAAAGUUGAAAAUAGUUGGGGAGAAGAUAGAGGUAAAAAAGGAUUUCUCAUAUUGACAGCCCCUUGGUUUAAAGAAUUUGUUUUUGAGGUGGUCGUUGAUAAAAAAUACGUUGAUGAAUCAAUAAUGAAAGUUUUUGAACAGACACCUAAGGUUCUACCGCCAUGGGACCCCAUGGGUGCCGUAGCUUAUUAUUAA